ACUACUUCGGAGUUAAGAGUGUUGUGUCGUAUACCGCUGGUCUGAAAACGAUGCCUGAGCCUUCGAAGUCCGCUCCAGCUCCUAAGAAAGGCUCAAAGAAAGCCAUUACUAAAGCACAGAAGAAGGACGGCAAGAAGCGCAAGCGCAGCCGCAAGGAGAGCUACUCCGUGUACGUGUACAAGGUGCUGAAGCAGGUACACCCCGACACCGGCAUCUCCUCCAAGGCCAUGGGCAUCAUGAACUCGUUCGUCAACGACAUCUUCGAGCGCAUCGCUGGAGAGGCCUCUCGCCUGGCGCAUUACAACAAGCGCUCGACCAUCACGUCCCGGGAGAUCCAGACGGCUGUGCGCCUGCUGCUGCCCGGGGAACUGGCCAAGCACGCUGUGUCCGAGGGCACCAAGGCCGUCACCAAGUAUACUAGUUCCAAGUGAGCGUGCCCAUCUCGCUCUUAAAACCCAAAGGCUCUUUUCAGAGCCACCUA